UCCAAGAGUCCAAGCAGAAAUGUCAAAAUGGCGUCAACGCAGGACGCUUGGUAUAUUUCUUUACUUGGUUUAGCGGAACAUUUCCGCACAUCAAAUCCUCCUGACAUAAAAAGUUGCAUUCAGUGCCUUCAAGCUGUAUUUAAUUUCAAACCACCACAGAGAGUCGAAGCUAGAACACAUUUACAACUCGGGAAUAUCCUUUUGACACACACUAAAAACAUCGACUUGGCGAGAUCGCAUUUGGAACAGAGUUGGUGUUUAUCUCAGACUAUCAAUGGGUUUGACGAUGUUAAGUUCGAAGCGGCGAGUGUGCUGGCCGAGCUCUUUGAGCAACAGGGCCAACCUACACACUCCAAACCUAUCCUACGAAAAGCAAUCGAACUAUCACAGCACAGUGUUUAUUGGCACUGCAGACUAAUAUUCCAAUUAGCACAAAUCCAUGCAACAGAAAGGGAAUAUGAAGUGGCUAGCAGUUUACUUGGUGUGGGAGUGGACUAUGCCCAGAUUUCCAAUGCUGCAUAUACACGAGUACUGUUUUUGCUCAGUAGGGUUAUGUUACUAUUAAUAGACAAAAAAAUACAAGAAGUUCUACCACUGCUUAAUCAGGCUGGACAUCUCGUUGAGACAUGGGUUGGUAGUCCACACCAAAAGGAAUAUUUGAAAGUUUUCUUCCUAGUAUUGCAGGUAUGUCAUUACUUGAUGGCAGGACAAGUGAAAAGUGUAAAACCAUGUCUGAAGCAACUGCAGCAAAGUAUUCAGACCAUUAUGGCACCAACGUGGCCCGAUGAUGAUGCGGUGUGCGGUAGCGCGGCGGGCGAGUCGUUCGUGUGGCUGUCGCGGCAGCAGCUCUACGUGCUGGUGUACCUCGUCACCGUCAUGCACUCCGCGCAGGCCGGCUACAUGGAUAAGGCGCACAAGUACACGGAAAAGGCACUGGCGCAGAUCGACAAACUUACCUCGAGCGAGGAGGGCGGUGACGCAGGCGGCGCGGUGGGGCUGAGCGGCGGGCCCCGCGGCGGCGCGGUGCUGGCGUGGCGCCUGCGCAUGGCGCUGCUGGAGCACGCGGCGCUGUGCCGCCUCGUGGCGGGCGGCAAGGCACACGCGCUGCAUGAGAUCGCGCGCGCCGCGCACCUCUUGUCCUCCGCGCCCAGCGCGAGUACGGCAGCGGCGCACACACCGCAGCUGCACUGCCUGCUAGGGCUAUAUGCCAUGUCAAUGAACUGCAUGGAGGCCGCCGAAGCACAGUUCCACACAGCCAUACACAUGUCACAAGAGAGGGACUUAUGGAUGUUCGCGAAACUGAACUUAGCCAUUGUAUAUUUACGAGGAAGGAGAGACAACGACUUAGCACAAUUAAUGGAACAGGUGAGGCCUGAAGCGUUACCUGCGUACGCACACGGACUGCGAGCUGCCUCGUUCUACGUUCUAGGGCUGCAAGCCUUCUUUCAGGCGCGAUAUAACGAAGCAAAACGUUACCUCAGAGAGACACUCAAAAUGGCGAAUGCGGAGGACCUGAACAGGCUGACUUCUUGCUCGCUAGUGCUGCUUGGGCACAUCUUUUUGUCCAUUAAUAACUCGCGAGAGAGCAUGAACAUGGUCACGCCCGCCAUGCAGCUCGCCAGCAAGAUACCCGACGUGCACGUACAACUUUGGGCUUCUGCUAUCCUCAAAGACUUGUACAGGCUAGCGGGCGACACGGAGCGCGAGAACGAGGCGUACCAGAUGCACUGCAACUUCUCGCAGGCGCUGCUGAAGGACCACUUCCAGGCGACGCAGCUGCCGCAGCACGCGCUCGUGCACUGGACGAGCGGCCCGCCGCCCGCGCUGCCGCCGCCGCCCGGCGCCGCGCCCGCCACGUAGUGCGGCUCUCCUGCGAAUGCUAUGUCGGGAUGUCUACAUGUGAUUUAUUUUGGUUAAAUACUUAACUAAUAUAUGACUAUGCGAAUUACUAUACAUAAAUAUAUAAUAGCAGAGUCGUUAUACUUGAAAAUCAAAUUAUCUGUUGUAAUUUGCACUUAAAUCAUUUUAAAUAAUUUCUACUAUGUGUGACCAGCGUCGUCGGACAGGCCUAAUUAUUAUUGUUUCUAAAAUCGUCUCUCGAUGGAUCUGAUGCUUAGACAGAUACAGAAACAAAGUUCCGCCUUAAAAAGAAGCAAACGGGAUGAUUUAAAGUGUACAUGACACGUUAAGUAACUUUGUAGCAUCAGUUUGCAACUUACGUGUAAAUUAAAGAUCAAUAUCGUACCCAACCUUCGAUUCGCAAUUUUAUAUGACAAUUUAUCCUCAGAAUUAUGAUAGUCAUAAUAAUAAUAAAUGUUUAGUCAAUGGAGGUGUACCGUUUCAAGAAAAUAAAACACUUAAAAUUGAUACCAGCAAUGAUUGAUUUAAAAUAAUAGUAAAAUUUGGUUUAAAAUUUAUUGUUAGGGCUAAAUUUUUGAUUUCAACUGAUUUAUGUGACAAUAAAAAUCAUAUCAAAACAGCAUAGGAAAAAUUGAACUUGUACGAAAUAUUCUUUUUGUUUUACAAAUAUAUUCUACAUCAUUUUGUUCAAAAAUCUAGGGUUCUACUGUCGAUGACAAUUGUUCUGAGUUAUAACGUUUAGUAGUAUAAUUUAUAUAAUU